CAUAAAUCUUCUACCUUGGAUUAACGGGAUAAAGAUUCUAUUUGCAAAAUCAGCAUUAGAAGUAAACCUUCUUCUAGGUUGAGGAAUAGCCAUGUGCUCAAUGGUGAUUCUCAUUCUGCUGAGAAUGUGCAGCAUGCGAUCGAAAGUUCCCAUAAUGAGGAUAUACUGAACAAGGAGUGCGUUGGCAAUGCAUUAUUUUCUCAGAAAUCUAAGAAGGCUUCUAAUUCACAGAAAAAAAACAAUAAGGGAAGUUCUGCUGCAGAUAAGAUGAAAUGUAGCGAGGAGCCGAGGACGAGAACUAUUCUGGAAGGAGGAAUCCUUCAGGAAAACCUUCAAGUGAUAGUAGAAUGGAGACCCAAUUGGAUAUAAAGCAUGAUGAAUCUGAUGUAAAAUCUUCUGCUCCAUGCAGCAAAAAGGGGAACUCUGCCCCUGAGAAAAAUGUGAUCCAGGAUUUUAGUGGUCAAACUAAAGUAAUGCAAGCAGAGGUAAGAAGCAGAAUGCCAAAAUCAUCCUUACGUUCUGAAACUGAAAGUUGGCAAGAGAAAAAAGGUCAUCGAACAGUACCUGAAGCAGAACACGGAGUCAUCUCUGAUGGGAUUCCAGGUAAUGGCUCUUCCAGGGUUGGUGCGUUGAAGGCUUUAAAACAGCCUGGAAAAGCUAGCAGCAAGAAUUCUUGCAGUCCUGUUAGAGAAAAUUCCUCCAGCCUGACAGUAAAAAAUGCCCUAAAUGAUGCUAAAGGACUUAGAAAUUAUGCUGAUCAUCUUAAGAGUUCUAGUUUUGUUUUUGAAAGCAAUGAGAUUUACUUCAGAGCUGCUCUUAAGUUUCUUGGUGUUGCUGCCCUUCUAGAGACCAGCAAUAGUGAGAGUGGUAGACAUGGAGACAUGAACCAAAUGCAAGUGUACAGCACUGCCACUAAACUUUGCGAAAUGUGUGCCCAAGAAUAUGAAAAAUGCCAAGAAAUGACUGCUGCUGCUUUGGCCUAUAAAUGCGUGGAGGUAGCGUACAUGAGGGUUGUUUACUGCAAACAAUCUUCUUGCAGCAGAGACAUGAAAGAGUUGCAAGCAACUCUACAGAUGGUCCCUCAAGGUGAAUCUCCAUCAUCUUCUGUAUCAGAUAUUGAUAAUAACUUAAAUAAUCAAGCAAUUGUGGACAAGGCUCCAUUAGCCGAGUGUAAUGCUUCACAUGUUGCUGGAACCCAUGUCGUUGUUGCUAGAAACCGUCCAAGUUUUGGCCGGCUGUUUGACUUUACACAGGAUGUAAGUUUUGCAAUGGAGGCCUUGAGAAAAUCCCAAACAUGUUUCAUAGCUAAUGCUACAUCCCUGGAAGAAGCACAAGAUAUAGAGUGGAUUGCUUCUGUUAUAAAGGUGAUUGAUUUCAGCUUUCAAUAUGUAGAUGAAUUUAUAUCUUUGGUUCAGCAGGCUACGCAGGCUGUAGGUUGUUCUGGUUAGGUAGUGCUGUAUAUAAUAUUGUGUUUGUUUGGAUUAUAACCCCCAAUGUGCAUAUUGGAGAAGAAAGGUGAAAAAGAUGCCUACUUAGACCUGCAUUCGGAAACAAGAAAAGACGUCAGUCGCCAACAACCUAUUGCCUCAGUGUUCAUGUGUAUAAAGUGAGAUUCGGAGUUCUAUGUAAGAUAUCGGUUCCGUAUGGUACUAUUUUUUGCUCCAUUUUUUCGGGGCCCAAAGAAAUGAAUAUAUAGAGAGUUUGGAAUCAUUGGGCAACCAUUUUCAAGAGGUUGAAUAUUGAUGUUGUAUUGAGAAAUAAUCA